AUGGGAAUUCCACAAGAUGAAAAUGUAGUUCCAAAUGGUUGGAAACUGAUACCAACCAAUGCAGCAGCAACUAUCACCUGUACAAACUCGAAUUGGAAACCAAUGGAUAUAGAUCAACAGGUAACUUUCAAUGCUGGCUGUGUUCCAAUCGAGAGACACGGACACACCACCUGUCUAUAUAAAAAUGUUCUCAUCCUCUUUGGUGGAACACCCGAUGGAUCGUCGGGACUGAACGAUCUCUUUUUUAUGAUACCGAUCAAAGUGUCUCAACGAUCUGCACGUGCUCGACUUGAAAACACUGACUUGGAGCGAACCACAGCAAAAGGGCGAAGCGCCAUCCGCUCGCUCCUCACACUCGGUGUGCAACGUCGGCAAGAAGAUGAUUCUGUGAUUGCAUUCGGUGGAUCAAACGACAAGCGAAAAGACAACAAAGUAUAUAUUUUAGACAUUGACACAUUGGAAUGGUCGCAGCCACCUACAUCCGGUGUUUGUCCAUCGCCAAGACAACUACACACCGCCGUUGCAAUCGGUGAGAGCAUGAUAGUAUUUGGAGGUUGGGGAAAACACCAAGAACUAAAUGACUUAUAUAUUUUAAAUACAAGAACGAUGAGAUGGGUAUCACCAAAGAUUGAAUCAGCAAUUUCACCUUGUUGUAGGCAAUUACAUAGUGCAUGGGUAUAUAAUGGAAAGAUGUAUAUAUUGGGUGGAUAUUCAAAGAGCAAACGAAUGAAUGAUGUAUAUAGUUUCACACCUGAACAAACGGUAUCGAGUCUGCGCGAUCUAUGUGUCGAGAAGAUCGUUGAGGACAUCUCUAGCUAUAUCGAUUACUUCCGUUAUCUGCCCGAGGAACUGCUCUAUGUUAUUUAUUCAAGACUAUCGCAAGCCGGUAAAACCAUACCGAUCCAACUCGAUCAAAUGAUCAAAGAGUCGUAUCUCGCCGAAUAUGCCCUGAUGAAUGCAUCCAACAACAACAAUAUAGGCACAAUCGAAGAGACAUUAAGUUAUAAUUGA